GUUUCAGUCUUAUGUUUCUUCCUUUAGAAUCAAACACACUUCUCACACAGUGAAAUGGAGCUGGGUAUGUCUGCUGUGCUAUUUCUUGUGAACGUCCUGCAGACAGCUGGGUCACCUACUUCUGUGUUCAGACAAACUGGAAGAUCCAUCACUCUGGAAUUUCACCAGCAGCUAGAGAGAGGACAUGUAGAUAUUAUUAGGUGGCAGUUUGGUGAACAAAAUAUUAUGAGCUACUCUCCUGUUAAGAACCAUUUGAAAAAAUCCUUUCUUGAAGGCAGAGUGGAGUUCAAUAAUGAGACCUUCUCUCUGGAGGUGAAGAAUUUGCAGAAGAAUGACAGUGGAACCUACAGAGGACAGAUAAUAAGCAUUUCAGAGGGGGACGUUCUGAUUAAUUACGAGCUCUCUGUUCUGGAUCCAGUGGAGGCCCCUGUCAUGGCUGUUGUCUCUAACUGGUCCAGCAGUGACUCCUGUGAUGUGACAGUGACCUGUAGAGGUCGUGACCUCUCUCUGACCUCCUCCUGUAACAGCAGCAGCUGCUCUCCAAAGGAAGGAGCCUCCACUGACUCCACCCUCACCCUCUCAGUCAGAGGAGGUGUUGUCCUCUGUAACUAUAGCAACCCAGUCAGCUGGAAACAUGCUACCUUGCGAAUUAAACCUCUGUGUUCAAGUGAUGCAAAAACUCCCUCCAUAACAAUUGUGGUAGUUAUUGCAAUUGUCUUUGUUGCCAGCAUUGCAAUAUAUGUGUAUCAACAAAGGAGCCGAGGUGGUGAAACAGGAACAGCAACAGGUCCAACUCAAACCGAAUAUGCUGAGGAUACGCCACCUUCAUCUCCAGGGUCCCCUGAUCCAGGAGCCUCCACAUACAGCACUGUGCAUGAUACACAGCCAGAUACAGCUGAGGAGAGUCCUUAUGAUGAGAUCUGUCUGCAAACCCUUGAUGUAGACACAUCCUCUCUGGAUCCACUCAAAAACCCCAGCAGCAAUGGAGGAGUCGUUCCUCAGGAUCCCCCUCAGCCAGACGCAGACCUCUAUGCCACAGUGAGGAGGACCUGAGACCACAGCUGCAGAAGAGGCCACUGCUGCAGUUCGCAUGUACAUCAUACAUUUCUGGAAAUUGUGACUGUAAUAAAAUUAAGGCCUACAAGCAA